AUGAUACGAUGUGCGGAUAUAUAUUUUGGCCUUGCAACAAAAGAAGUACGGAAGCUGGCCUUUGAACUGACAACUAAAUACAACAUGCGACCUGCUCCUUGGGUGGAAAAUAAGAUGGCUGCUGAAGAAUGGGUCCGUUCCUUUAUAAAUAGAACCCCGUCACCGUCUGUACGCCUAGCUCUGGCUACAAGCUUUUCAAGAGCUACAAGUUUUAACAAAACGAAUGUGGUAGCUUUUUAUGAGAAUUUGCAAACUGUUUUGGACAGACACAUAUAUGAGCCACAGGAUAUAUACAAUGUUGAUGAGACAAGUGUACAAAACACGGUGGAUUCGAUCGUCGCGACGUUCGCCUCGCCCAUGAGCGUGGCGCCUACAGCGGUGCCUCUUGCAUCCCCCUAUGUGACGGCUCAAACGAAGCCGCAGGAUGCGGCGAUUUCAUACGCCGCGACGACAGCCUCGCCGGCAGUAGCCCGCCGGCCUCCCCUUGCACCUCUGCCUCCCGCCGCGUUGAAGCCGAAAUAUCCGCCUUUUGUUAUUGAGUCUCUCCCUGACUGGACAGUACAUGUCAGGGAGAUGAAAAAAAGGCUCGGACGCACAGUCAACGCGCGCGCAUUUGGACAGGGGAUAAAAAUCAUUCCCGACGACGAAGAGGAGUACCGUGUGGUGCAGCGGUACCUAGGGGAGUUGGAGAACAGCGGAGUGAAAGUGGUGUAUUUCUCCUACUCCCUGCCUGCUGAACGGCAGCUGAAGGUGGCGGUGCGAGGCAUUCCGGCGGAUACGGAGCCCGAGGCCAUCAUGGCAGAGCUGCGCGACCUCGGCUUCGAGCCGGAGCAUGCUCAGCCCAUACGCGCUAGGAAGGGGAGACCGGGGUGCAUUUUCCUAGUCAUUCUGCGCCGCACCCCCGAUCUCACCCCCGCUAUAUACAAAUAUAAAGGAGCUGCUGUGUAUACCGGGGGUCACCAUUGA